UCCAGGCGAAGAAAUAAAUGAAUAUCUCUGUUCAUUUUAUUAGAAAGGAUUUUGGAUAGUUCUAUAAAUUUUAAAAUCAAGGACUGCUUUUGAGCCUUUAUUUUUUAAUUUUUACAUUCAGUUUUAGAGCCAUAAUCAGCUUAAAAUUUUAUUGAGCCUUCCAAACAAUUCAGUUAUUGUUGGAAUUUUGAUUACAUUAAUUUAUAUUGAUUAAUUAACUUUUGCUAUUGCACUGUAAUGGGUUUGCAAUUAUAGCAGCAUAUCAGCCAAUUGAAGCUGGCAAUUCUUAAUUUGGAAUUACUGGCAGAAGAGUGGCAGUAAUAACACUUAGUACACACAACGGACUGAUUGCCUGGUUUACCGUUUCACCGUCUCUUCUAUUGUAAACUUAGAGAGUUAAUCCAGGUCAUGAACGAUAAGUCUGAUGGUUAUUUGAGCAUUAACGAUUGGAUGUGAAAGAUUAUAAUUCUUAUUUCCCCAAGUUCUUUUCUUAUCUCGGUGCUUUGAGAGUGUUAUAAGUAUUGAGCAGACCUGCCGCAGACUCUACGAGUGAAGAGUCGUCGACUGUCAAGUGGAAAGUGGCCUACGUGCAGACAGGCAAGUACGCAAGGACCAUGACUGUCUCUGAUAACAUUGACGAUAACACCCCCAACGAUUACGAUGAUGGCUGCAGCAACGACAGUGGCAAAGUUUUAAUUCCAGACUCUGAUGAUGGCUUCUCGUUUCGGAAACUAUGGGCAUUCACAGGACCUGGACUGUUACUGUGUAUCGCCUACAUGGACCCUGGAAACAUCGAGGCAGAUCUGCAGUCUGGAGUCAAGGCUAAGUAUAAGAUUCUGUGGGUGCUGCUGGGGUCGACAAUUCUUGGACUGGUGAUGCAGCGACUGUCUCUGCGCCUGGGAGUGGUGACGGGUCAGCACCUGGCUGAGAUGUGUUACCUGCAGUAUCCACCUCUGCCCCGGCUCUUCCUCUGGGUCAUGAUGGAGGUGGCCAUCAUCGGCUCUGACAUGCAGGAGGUCAUCGGCACAGCCAUCGCACUCUACCUGCUCUCCAACAGACUAAUCCCUCUGUGGCUGGGAGUAGUCAUAACCAUCGUUGACUCCUUCAUGUUCUUACUACUAGACAAGUACGGUCUGCGCAAGGUGGAAUUAUUCUUUUUAACCCUAGUUGGUGUCAUGGUCGUCACUUUUGGAUAUGAGUUUCUAGAAGCGAUGCCAGAAGGGGGUGAACUCGUCAAGGGCCUGGUGUACCCCUGGUGCGAGGACUGUGACAGUUCUGUGUCUUUGCAAGCCAUUGGCAUCAUCGGUUCUACCAUCAUGCCUCACAAUCUUUAUCUGCAUUCCGGACUUGUUAAGUCUCGUGCAGUGGACAGAUCAAAGGCCAAAAAAGUGAAAGAGGCAAACAGCUACUUCUUCUGGGAGUGUUUUGUAGGUCUGACCAUGUCUCUGACUAUCAAUACCAUCAUUGUGGCAGUGUUCGCCCAUGGACUAUACCAGAAAACUAAUGUUGAUGUUGCGAACAUCUGCUUAGGCAGUGAAAUACCCUAUUCCAACGUUUUUCCAAACAACACGGAGGUGGUGGAAUUAAACAUCUACAAGAGCGGGAUAUUUCUUGGCUGCCAGUACGGACUGUUGGCAAUGUACAUUUGGGGAGUGGGUGUGUUGGCGGCAGGGGAAGGUACAACCAUGACAGGCUGCUAUGCUGGACAACUCGCCAUGGAGGGGUUUCUUCACCUAAGAUGGAGCAGGUGGAAGAGAGUGUUGUUCACUCGAUCCUUUGCGAUCGUACCAACAUUCUUCAUAGCCUACUUCAGCACCAUCGGGGACCUGAACGGCUUGAACGAUUUGCUCAAUGCUGUUAUGAGCAUUCAGAUACCAUUCGCUACUCUGCCUCUUGUGGCGUUCACCAGUAACCCACGACUCAUGGGCCAGUUUGUGAAUGGCAUGACCAGCAAGAUUGUGACAUCAUUAGUGUCUGCGGUAGUGAUCGCCAUCAAUGUCUACUUCGUCUCCUCCGCGUGGUUAGAAGUGGCCAUGCAAGACUACAGAUUACUCGCUUUCCUCAUCCUCUACUCUCUUCUCUACUUCACCAUGUGCACAUACCUGGUACUACACAUGAUGGCCAACAUGUCUACCUCUGACUCCGUUCUCUAUAGACUUUUGUUGCACGAUGCAACGUGGAAAAAUAAAAACAUAGAUCUAUGGAUUCCUCAUGACACUAAAGAUUAAGUUUAAUAAAUAACUUUGGGUUUUUUA